CCCCGGCCUCGGCCACACCAGCGGCAGCCAUCCAGAUCAAGUUCCGGACGUCGCUCCGCAACACAGUGUACGAUGUGAUGCGGGAUCGGUCGUGGCGCGAAGGCGACUCUGAGAUGGACUGGGACUUUUUCUGGGCAGAUGUGCACUGGGUACACGAGACCUUUGACCAUGUGUAUCUGCAAGAGCACCAGAAGAUCAACCACUACCGCAACCACUACGAGCUCACCCGGAAGGACCUCCUGGUCAAAAACGUCAAGCGGAUGAUCAAGACCAUGGAGAAAGAGUACGGAAAGACCGAGGCUGCAAAGUUCGAGUUCAUCACCACGUCCUAUGUGCUUCCCCAGGAGCACGCCCUGUUCCAGGAAGAGUUCAAGCGCAACCCCGGAUCGGUGUGGAUCAUGAAACCCGUCGGCAAGGCACAGGGCAAGGGAAUCUUCCUCAUCAACAAGAUGUCGCAGAUCAGCCAGUGGCGCAAGGACCCGAGGGUGCGGGGUGGAUCGGACGGCGAUGCACCCGAGGCUUACAUUGUGCAGAAGUACAUUGAGAACCCGUAUCUGAUCGGAGGGAAAAAGUUUGACAUCCGAGUGUAUGUGCUGGUGACAUCGUACUAUCCCUUGGUGGUGUACAUCCACCGCAACGGCUUUUGUCGCUUCUCCAACUACCAGUUCUCGAUGAACUCAAAGGACAUUUCGAACCUCUACAUCCACGCCACAAACGUCGCCAUCCAAAAGACCUCGCCGCACUACGAUGGCGACAAGGGUUGCAAGUGGCUCCUGCGCAACCUCAAGACCUAUCUCACCAGCAAGCACGGCACCGCCGCCAUCAACGAGCUCUUCACCGAGAUGGAGGCGCUGAUUGUGCGCAGUCUGAUGAGUGUCCAGAAGGUCAUGAUCAACGACAAGCACUGCUUUGAGCUAUACGGAUAUGACAUCCUCAUCGACGACGCCCUCAGACCAUGGCUGCUCGAGGUGAAUGCGUCGCCGUCGCUCACGGCCGAGACCCAGUUCGACUACGACCUCAAGUAUGCAAUGCUCAACGACGCCUUUGAUGUCAUUGACUUUGAGAAAAGAUACACCAAUGACAAGAAGCUCAGGACCCGUGUUGGCGGCUUUGAUCUGGUUUACAACGACGGACCUGUCAAGCACGAGCGCACCAGCAGCUAUGCCUCCUAUCUCGGAUGCUAUCACCCAAUCAAGCGUGCUCCGCGCAUCAAGAAGCGGCUCGGUGGUGGGGCGGGAUCGGGUCCCACCGUCCCGAAUUGAGCCCCACCCGUCGUCGCCAUCCUGGUGGUGGUGGAUCGUUGGGCACGAUGGUGUGAUCCGUCUCGACACCAAUUUUCAAUUGUUUCAACCGCGCCGCUGGCUUCCUUGAGACUCGUUGUGGGAGGACGAUCCGCUGGCCUGAGCUCGGCGUUGGCCAAGUAUCCCUCGCAUGGAGGCGAGAGGGGCGUUGGGGUGGGGGUUCUUGAAACGCCAUCGGGAUCGCACAAACGCCUUGCCUCUUCGCUCCAAAAAAUUGCUCAUCUCCCCACUCUCGCCCACCCACCAAGCGCCGCCGCCCCCCGUCAGGUUUCUGGGCCAGCACCCAUCACCGAGGUCGAUAACAUCCGUGCGCAAUCAAG